AUGAAGUGGCUCUUCCUGGUUUAUCACCUUUCUGUAGCUUUGGCUGGCAACUCGAAGCCUAAAGUCACACCGGAUAAACUCUCUUCCUUGAUUCGACUGGAUGAUCUCCUGAAGGGUACCCAAAAGCUCGAGGAUUUCGCCUAUGCGUAUCCAGAGCGCAAUCGUGUCUUCGGAGGCAAGGCGCAUAAUGAAACAGUUGAUUUCCUCUACCGCGAGCUGAAGAAGACUGGGUACUACGAUGUCUACAAGCAGCCUCAGGUGCACACUUGGACUAGUGCAGAGGCCUCUCUGACAUACGAUGGGAAGCCCAUCACUAUUACUUCCAUGACUUACAGUCCCAGUGUUGAUAUCACUGGAGACCUUGUCUUGGUUUCAAAUGUUGGAUGUGCUGCAUCCGACUACCCGAGUGAUGUGGCUGGUAAGAUUGCCUUUGUCAAGCGUGGAGAGUGUACUUUCGCUGAGAAGGCGCUCCUUGCUGGUGCGGCCAAGGCAUCUGCCGUCAUUGUAUACAACAAUGCAGCUGGGUCCCUGAGUGGAACACUGGGUGGUGUAUCCAGUGAAUAUGCUCCCAUUGGAGGAAUCUCCCAGACAGACGGCGAGACCCUACUCAGUGCCGCAGCUAACGGAGCUGUGAGUGUCUCUCUCGAAAUCGACAGCAGAGUCGAGAACCGAACCACUUUCAACGUCAUUGCAGAGACAAAAGGUGGCGAUCACAAGAAUGUCGUCUCCCUCGGAGGUCACACCGACUCCGUCGAAGCCGGCCCUGGAAUUAACGAUGAUGGCUCUGGAAUCAUCAGUAACCUUGUCGUUGCGAAGGCUCUGACCCAUUUCACCGUCAAGAACGCUGUGCGAUUCUGCUUCUGGACUGGCGAAGAAUUUGGUCUUUUGGGCAGCGAAUACUAUACCUCGCAUCUGAGCGCCGCCGAACUGGCGAAAAUCAAACUUUACCUCAAUUUCGAUAUGAUCGCCUCACCCAACUACGCCAUCAUGAUCUACGAUGGCGACGGAGAUGCCUUCAACCAAACCGGACCUGCUGGCUCCGCCGAGAUUGAAGCUUUGUUCGAAAACUACUUCAAGUCCAAGAAACUACCCUACAUCCCAACUGCCUUCGACGGUCGAUCUGAUUACGAUGGGUUCAUUUCUCGCGGUAUCCCUGCUGGUGGUGUCUUCACUGGCGCUGAGGGUCUCAAGACCGAGGAAGAGGCCAAGCUGUUUGGAGGGCAAGCUAAUGUCUCUUAUGACGCCAACUAUCAUGCUGCCGGAGACAACACCACUAAUCUCAACCACGAGGCAUUCCUUCUCAACUCUAAGGCUACUGCUUUUGCCGUGGCGACGUAUGCUAACAGCCUCGCUUCGAUUCCUAAGCGGAAUGCAACCGUUGCUGGUCCGUUGGCUAAGAGAGCUCCCAAGUCGCAUGCUCACACUGAAAAUACUGGUUGCUUCCACUCGCUGGUUGAGAUCUAG